AUGCCAUCUCCCCAACUGCCCCUAGAAUUGCUUUACACCAUCAUAAGUCAUCUCGGUGCAGAGAAAGACUACGCCUCACUAUGUGCAUGUGCUUCAACAUGUAGAGCGCUCGUUUCACCCACUCAGGCUCAUAUUUUCGGCUCCUUGACCUUAAAAAAGGAGUCCCAGACCAUCCCUUGGCUGGCCAGAUUGGAGUCUACACCUCAUAUUCAGACGUACAUCAAGCAUCUGCUUUUGGCCCAGUAUCACAAGCCCUGGAUCCAGCACUCCGAGGUACUGAAGCGCACGUUGGAACUUCUGUCCCCAUAUGUCAUCUCCCUCGAUAUCCGCCAUCAGGUAGAAAACACCCGCUUCGACUUUCCUGUGUUGUCGCAGUUAAGAUGCGUCGAGGAGAUUUCGCUGACAGAGCGGGAUCCGGAAGGUCUGGGAGAUAUUGCGAAUAGGGAUCACGCUCUCCCCACUUUCUUGAACUACUUCCCAAAUCUCCGAGCAAUCACUUUCAAUGACUGCUGGGUGCGGGUCGCAAGGGCCAGAAAAGGCGACAUUGCCGCACCGAUAUUCCGGUUGGAGAGGUUGGACAUUCAUACAUGUUACGAUGCCUUGGUGUUGGAUUAG